GAGAGGGAGGGAGGGUGGGAGAGAGAGUAGAGAGACAGUGAGAGAGGGAGAGAGAGGGGAAAGAGUAGAGAGGAGAGGAAGAGUGGGGAGAGAGAGAUUGAGAGAGAGGAAAAGUAGAGAGACAGUGAGAAAGAGAGGGAGAGGAGAGAAAGAGGGAGAAGAGAGAGAGAGGGUAUAGUAGAGGAGAGAGAGAGAGAGAGAGAGGGGAGAGAGAUGGAGAGAGGGAGAGAGGGAGAGAGAGGGAGAGAGUAGAGUAAGAAAGAGAGGGAGAGAGGGAGAGAGAGGGGGGUAUAGUAGAGGAGAGAGAGAGAAAGAGAGAGGAGAGAGAUUGAGAGAGGGAGAGAGGGAGAGAGAGAGAGGGAGAGAGAGAGUAGAGUGAGAAAGAGAGGGAGAGAGGGAGAGAGAGGGGGGUAUAGUAGAGGAGAGAGAGAGAAAGAGAGGGGAGAGAGAUUGAGAGAGGGAGAGAGGGAGAAGAGAGAGAGGGGGUAUAGUAGAGGAGAGAGAAAGAGAGGGGAGAGAGAUUGAGAGAGGGAGAGAGAGAGAGAGGGAGAAAGAGAGAGUAGAGUGAGAAAGAGAGGGAGAGAGGGAGAGAGAGGGGGGUAUAGUAGAGGAGAGAGAGAGAAAGAGAGGGGAGAGAGAUUGAGAGAGGGAGAGAGGGAGAGAGAGGGGGUAUAGUAGAGGAGAGAGAGAAAGAGAGGGGAGAGAGAUUGAGAGAGGGAGAGAGGGAGAGAGGGAGAGAGAGGGGGUAUAGUAGAGGAGAGAGAGAGAAAGAGAGGGGAGAGAGAUUGAGAGAGGGAGAGAGGGAGAAGAGAGAGACGGGGUAUAGUAGAGGAGAGAGAGAGAAAGAGAGGGGAGAGAGAUUGAGAGAGGGAGAGAGAGAGAGAGGGAGAAAGAGAGAGUAGAGUGAGAAAGAGAGGGAGAGAGGGAGAGAGAGGGGGUAUAGUAGAGGAGAGAGAGAGAAAGAGAGGGGUGAGAGAUUGAGAGAGGGAGAGAGGGAGAGAGAGACAGAGUAGAGAGUCAGAGAGAGAGACAGAUGAGAGAGAGAUUGAGUGAGAGAGAGAGGGAGAGUAGAGUGAGAAAGAGAGGGAGAGGAGAGAAAGAGGGAGAAGAGAGAGAGGAAGAGUAGAGAGAGACAAUGAGAGAGGAAGAUGGAGAGAGUGAGAAAGAGAGGGAGAGGAAGAAGAGAGAAAGAGAGGGAGAAGAGAGAGAGAGAAGGGGGGAGAGUGGAGAGUGAGAGAGGAGUAGCCUGCAAUAAAAUUAGAGGUGCAGAGGUAGAGGUCAGAGUCUUGCCUAAGAAAAGUGAUCACUAACUAGCUUUAUUUUGUGGUCUUAGGCAAACUAUUUCCCUUCCCUGGACUGCUGAGUCCUCAUCUACAAAAGGAAAGAGAUGAACUCCUUCAGUAUCUUAAAGGUCCCUUCUAGCUCUAGCAAUGUGUGGUUUUGUGAUUUGGUUUGCUUUUUAAUUGGCCAGGUAGAGGCUUAUAGGCACUCUCUCAGCUGAUCUGAUUUAUGAAGUCUAGAAAGAUUAGCUAAUGGGAUGAGAGAAGGCAGGAUAGAGUUGGGAAAAGUAGGGUGCUGUAAUGGAGAGAAAAGACCUGGGUCCCAGCUUUGCUAAUCAUUUACCUGUCCUGUAUGACCUUAGCAAUCAGGAUUUUAUAACUAUAAAGCCUUUGGUGAUUUCAAGGAUUGCUCUCCAUCCCUGUAUGCAGAAGUGUAUAUGGACUUAGAAUACAGAAAGCAAUGGGAUGCAUAUGUUAAAGAACUCUAUGAAAAAGAGAUCUGUGGGAAGAUGGUCAUCUACUGGGAGGUGAAAUAUCCCUUCCCUGUGUCCAACAGAGAUUAUGUGUAUAUUCGUGAUGGGAGAGAUAUCAAUUUAAAUGGGCGGAUGGUCCGUGUGAUACUGGCCAAGAGCUUUUCCACGCCUGAAAUCCCAGAGAAGUGUGGUGUCAUCCGAGUCAGUGAUUACAGGCAAAGUCUUGUGAUUGAAAGUAAUGGCAAGGAGGGGUGCAAAGUUUCCAUGUUCUACCAUGAUAACCCUGGAGGCACAAUUCCAUCCUGGCUUGUCAACUGGAUAGCAAAGAAUGGAGUUCCAAACUUCUUGCAAGAUAUCCAGAAGGCCUGUAAAAACUAUCCCAAGAAAACAUAGAAGGAGGCAGCUUUAGUUCCAUUUCCACAAACAAUGCACACUGAGUGGUCAGGUCCUGGUGACACCAACUCAGCCUUGGCUAUUUUCCUUUUCUUCCAGAGAACUGAAAGCACGCUUCGGCAUGUCCUCCCUAUUCAUGCUAGUCUUACGCCUCACUUACAAUACUAACUUCCUUUCCCACUCUCCCCACCCUAGCAACAAUUUCCCUCUCCCACAGUUGAAUCUAGGUCAGAUCAGGAAAACUCUGCUUGUUUAUAUUUCUAAAGGAAAGUCCUUACUAGGGAACACAAUUGGUCUAUUGUGCCCUUUAAAAAGGAAGAAAACAAAUCAGAAAAAAAAUCAACAUCCACACCAACCGGUCUCAGGAGGUAGCUUCUUGCUGAACACAGAAGGGUUGGAGGAAAUUUCAUUACAUUCAAAACUGGCUUUGCUUGCACUGGAGCUUGGCCAGCCUAGACCAGGUCACCUACUGCUCUGUAAAUUGGCUUAGGAGAGAGAUUGCCAAUCUACGCAGUCUCAUACAGUCUCAUUCCCACUUGGGGAAGCUUGGGAUCUUCUCAUGGAGUCAAAACAACUCUCCACAUUUUAUGAAUUUCUUUCCUGUCUCCGCUUCCCUACUUCUCUAGCAUUCAUCUAUACAAAUUCCGCCUGGUCCUCCAGAGUAUAUUUUUGUUAGUGUAGCAACCCAUAGAUAACAGUCCCUAACUAGGGAUCUCAUAAAUCUACCCCCCACUGCAUUCUGCUGAAGUGUCCUUACAGGGAGUGAGCUCGGAGGAGACUUAUGGAAUCUAGGGGAUGACUGCUUACCUUGCCCUUAGGACCAGUUUGAUCUAUGGCUUUUAGGACCAGUUGGAUAUCCGGCUGAGGACCAGUUGGCUUUGGGCUUUUUUUUUUCUCAGGGAACCUUCUAGAGUUGACUGCUUCUCCUCUCACCAGAAGACCUCAUGAACUCUUAUUUGACUAACCUGUGCCUCAAAAGUGGUUCCCAUCAGAACCAUACCUAAAUAUUGGAGAAUGAGGAAGAAAGAUAGCAGCAACCUUGAUGAUUUUCUCAGGGGCAAUGUAUACCCAGCAUACGAUGGUACAGAACACUGAUUGUUGCACAUAGAAACUCAGGGUUGUCUGUGUUCGGAAUUACAGGAUGCAGACUGCCACAAUACCUCAGAUUGUGUUUCUUCUGUGUGAAAGGGAAUUGAUUCUUCAAGGCUUGAAUAAAAACAAAACAAAACAAAGAAAA